GUUUUCCACACCCAAUUCUUCUUCUUCUUCAGCCUCCAAAAAAAUGUCGUCUCUGAAAGAAUUACUCACUCAAGAAGGACUCGAGGGCAGCGAUUUCUCCAGAGCUCAAAAACACUCAGGCUCCAAAGCAAGAAGCAGGGCAGCCCCAAAUGAUUCUAUAACAUUGCCCAUAUACAUAUGCCACGACAAGAAAACCACCGAUUCUUCAAAGAAAAAGGUUGAGAAAUCUAUUAUGCGAGAUGGGUCUUCGUUAUAUUCCUCGAAUCGAUUGGGUUCGAUCUCGGAGACCUUGCUCUGUAAAUCAAUGGAGGCGCCUGCCAUUGAUGAAAUCGCUAUACGAUCUGUGGUUUCGAUUCUUAGUGGCUAUGUGGGUCGGUACUCGAAGGACGAUAAAUUUAGAGAAAUGGUGAGGAAAAUCUGUAGUUCAUGUUUGUUACGAAAUGGGGGUAUGGAGAGUGGGGUUUGUAGUAAUUUUGAGAUGGGUAUGAAGAGUGUUGAUAGAUUGAUUGAAGAACGACAUGGAAAUGAAAGGGAAUUGAGAGUUAAAGCAUCGAGGAAUUCCUUAGGGUUUUUGAAUAUGGUGAUUUCUUCGUUGAAUUCCGCAAAGAAAUCGAAAAAUUGUGCUCAAUCUCAUCUCUCUGCUUGUGCUCACCUCUAUUUAGCGACUGUUUACAAGAUUGAAAAGAAUGAGAAGGUUUCUGCUAAGCAUGUUCUUCAAGUGUUCUCUGAUUCCCCAUUUUUUGCUCGGACCCAUCUUCUGCCUGAGCUUUGGGAGCAUUUUUUUCUUCCUCAUCUCCUCCAUUUGAAGGUUUGGUACAAUCAGGAGCUGGAAUUUAUGUCCAAUGACAGGAAAAUCAAGGCGUUGAGUAAGCUCUACAAUGAUCAUAUGAACAGGGGAACUCUUAAAUUUGCUUUGUAUUAUGAACAGCAGCUCAAUGAUGGAGCCAAAGCUCCUCAUGUUCCUUUGGUGCCUUUACCUUCACAUUCCAUUAGAAGGGCAUCGAGAAAAUCGUUGGAUUCUUCCAACAAUAAGAAUCUAUAUCAUGCUGUUUUUGGUCCAAAUCUUGACCAGCAAUUAGCAGAAAAGAUUGCUUCUGUUCAUGAUGAACACCACGAGACUGUAAAAAAAUCUGAUUAUUUUCGAAACUUAGACACAAACCAUCUUCUUUCCAAUGAGCUUUGCAAGGCCAUAGCCACAAUUUCCUCCUCGGAUAUCUUGAGUGAGUGCGAGAUAGCCAUUCGUGUCGUAACCAAAGCUUGGUUGGAUGUCGAUGGUGACACAACCAUCGAGGUUGCCUUAUCGACGCCCCCGUUCAUCGAGGGAAUGAUGGAAGUCUUGUUAGCUUCCAAUGAUGAUGAGAUUUUAGAAUUAGUGAUAUCAGUUUUAGCAGAACUUGCUGCAAGGAGUGAGGCUAUUCGGUUAAUGAUAUUGAACUCUGAUCCACAGCUGCAAGUGUUUCUUAAACUCUUGAAGAGUAGCAGCCUUUUCCUUAAAGCAUCCAUUUUACUUUACUUAUCAAAGCCACAAGCUAAACAGAUGAUUUCGGUCGAAUGGUUACCGUUAGUUCUUAGAGUUUUGGAGUUCGGAGGGUCGCUACAGAUGCUAUUCUCGGUUCGGUGCGCACCAUAUGAAGCAGCGUUUUACCUUCUAGAUCAACUCCUUAAAGGAUUUGAUGAAGAUAGAAACUUAGAGAAUGGUAGACACUUGAUUGCUCUUGGUGGAUUAAGCCUGCUGCUGAGAACGUUAGAGAACGGUGAGAUUGAAGAAAGGAAGAACGCCAUUUCGAUGAUUUCGUGCUGCAUCCGAGCUGAUGGAACCUGUCGAAACUACUUGGCUGAGAAUCUGAACAAGGCUGCACUUCUUGAGCUUGUUGUUCAUGAAAGCAACAAGAACUCUGAUAGGUGUGGCCUGGCUUUACUUGUGGAGCUACUCUGCCUUAGCCGAAGAACAAGGAUCACUAAACUUCUGGAUGAACUUAAAGAACGAUUGAAUGGCUCGAGCAUCAUGAACAUAUUGUCGGUUGAUCUUCACCGAGCUCGUCCCGAGGAGCAGCCUUUAGUUGCAACAAUACUAUUGCAGCUUGAUCUCAUGGAUGAUCCACUCAAUUGCUGCAGCAUAUUCAGAGAAGAAGCCAUUGUGACGAUCAUAACCGCGUUGAACUCUCAAAUAUCUCGAGAAAAGACGUCGGAAAAUCUCGCUAGAGCUCUCUUGAUUUUGGGAGGUCGGUUUUCGUGUACUGGAGAACCAUGUCCAGAAAUUUGGCUUCUACAACAAGCAGGUUUCGAAGCGAACUCUGGGGAUUCAUCCUACAGCAGCAGGCAUGUGUACGAUGAGCUCGUGCAAUUGUAUGAAGAGGAAGAAGAUCUGGUGAAUUGGCAGCUGAAAGCAUCAACUGUGUUCUUUAACCACGGACAUAAGAGUUUAUUAUCUGCCCUUUCGACGGCGAUGACGAACGGUAUCCCACGUCUUGCGAAAGCAAGUCUUGUAACGGUUUCAUGGAUGAGUAGAUACCUGUUCGUUAUUAGAGAUGAAAAGUUAUGUUCGAUGGCACCUUCGAUUCUAGUACCGUCCUUGAUAAAGUACUUGAAUUACGACAAAGAUGUCGAGGAUCGAGUUCUUGCAUCGUAUUCAUUGCUUAAUCUCAUCAAGUAUACAGAAUGCAAGCAUAUCUUCGGAUUGUUCGAUGAAGAAGCUCGAGAUCAUCUUGAAAAUCUUUCUCUAGUGACAUGGACAGCGAAGGAGCUAAUCUCGAUCGUUAAAAGCGGAUCGAUGCAUCGGUAUGAUACCGAGCAAAAGAAUUCAGACACUCAAAGAAGCACAAGAAUGUAAUUCACGUUCCUCUUCUUUUUCGCUAUUCAAUUGAUUAUUCCGUUUCGAGCUUUUACAUGUAAUAUCUAGUUACAUUUACGAUCUCCUAUCCUUUCGUAAAUAAAGUGUAACGCGGACACCCCAUUGUUCAUGUUAAAAACAUGAGUAAGUUUGAAAUGCUAUCAACGGGGAAUGGGUUGUUUUGGAA